AUAAAAUUACAAAACACCCUCUUCUUCUUUCUUCUUCUUCUUCUUCUUCUUCACUCUGCUCGAGACUGUUUGAAAGCUGCCGGCAGGGCGGUGGUGGACUGGCUGUCCUCUUCUUUUCUUCACUUAGUGAAAAGAAGAAGACCCAAACUCCAUGAAGGCCCUUGUAUUACUGCUUUUGAUAUUGUUGUUGAGUGAAGAAGCCAUCGAACACACAGAAGCUCAAUUUGAAGGAGAAUGCAAUUCCAGCACACCUUUGCUGCCCAGACCUCACAGUGCGUCUGUAUUGGAUUUUGGGGCCGUGGGGGAUGGUAAAACAUUAAAUACCCUUGCGUUUCAAAACGCAAUAUUUUAUUUGAAGUCAUUCACGGAUAAGGGCGGAGCGCAGCUCUACGUUCCAGCAGGUAAGUGGCUGACUGGAACUAUUGAUCUUACCAGUCACCUCACUCUUUUCUUGGAGAAAGAUGCCAUUAUUCUUGGAUCAGAGGAUUACAGUCAUUGGGAUAUAGUUGAUCCAUUGCCAUCUUAUGGGAGAAGUAUUGAGGUAACUGGCGGGAGAUAUCGUAGCUUGAUUACUGGGACCAAUGUAACAGAUGUUGUAAUAACAGGCAAUAAUGGAACUAUUAACGGUCAAGGAUCUGUGUGGUGGGAAAAAUUUGAUAAGCAUGCCUUAAAUUACAGUCGCCCCCAUCUAGUGGAAUUCAUUAGUUCAAGUUAUAUUGUUAUUUCAAACUUGACAUUCUUGAAUGCCCCUGCUUGGAACAUUCGCCCAGUGUAUUGCAGUAAUGUGCUUGUUCAGAACAUAACAGUUCAUUCUCCAUCCAAGUCACCAUUCACUAAUGGCAUUGUCCCAGAUUCUUCCAAUCACGUCUGCAUUGAAAGCAGCAACAUUAGCAUGGGCCAUGAUGCCAUUGUGCUCAAAAGUGGUUGGGACGAGUAUGGAAUUUCCUACGGUAAACCUACUGAAAAUGUCCACAUCAGAAAGGUUCGCCUGCAGUCUACUGAGGGGGCUGGUGUGGCUUUUGGCAGUGAGAUGUCCGGUGGCAUCUCAAACGUACUCUUAGAGAACAUUUUCCUCUAUGAAUCUCUUCUGGGAAUUGAACUGAAGACUGCUAGAGGAAGGGGUGGUUAUGUCCAGAACAUUCUUCUCUCUGGCGUGGCAAUGGAAAAUGUGGAGACUGGAAUCAAAGCUACCGCUUACGUCGACAUACACCCAGAUGAUGGAUUUGACCCUGCUGCAUUACCUGUGCUCAGCAAUAUCACGUUUAAGGACGUAAACGGAACAAAUGUCUCCAUGGCUGGAAAUUUCACUGGAUUACCUGAGUCACCAUUCACUUCAGUGUCCCUCUUGGAUAUCCAGUUUUCUGUUUUACCCCACCCUACAAUACCAAAAUGGGUAUGCUAUGCCGUGUUUGGUGUUUCUUCAAAUGUGUCCCCUGAACCUUGCCCAGAGCUUCAGAGCCCAAUUCCCAUUGCGUUCAUGUGAUCAUCAUCAUCAUCCCAAAACUUCUCAUUCUUGGAAUCUGUAAAAUGAGUUGAAAUUCUUUGCUGGUGUGUAUACUCCAAAUAAAAAUGUGAAUCAGGAAGGUGUGAGGCAAGCAAAUGCUUCAAAGUGGAAUUUACAUUGCAGAUCACCUCUGUACAGCAUCUGUUUGUUUGAUGUAAGAAAAUUUUUGGUAGUCAAGUGUUCAUUCAUGUGCCUUGUCCCAUUUAUUUCCAAUCUUUUUAGUCUUUUCAGUUUCUUUUUACGGAGUACAUUGUAAAUUUAGGUGUGGGAGAUUUGUGUGGGUUUCAAGAUGUGUGGAAUGAAGUGAGAUAUUGUUGCAAUAAAAAUGUCAUUUUGUG